AGAGUUCAUAAAUAACUGUUAUUGUUGUGAAUGGGGUGAGCAUGGACUCCUGUACGGCGAAGAAGUCCAGCAGCAGAUUUAUUUAGCCAUACCCAAGAUGAAUUUUGACGGGCUCGAUGCCGGAAUGGGGGAGUACUCACCCAGUCUUCACGGGACUCUGGACGCGGGGCUGGAGCCCUCCAUGGACCCACACCUCAACCCCACCCUGCUGCAGGCUGUGGAGUUGGACCCAGAGGGGCUGGCCGUGCCCGUCCCCGAGCCCGUGCACCUCAUGGAGGGCAUGUUUUCUGAGCUGCACAGCGUGGUUUCAGAAGUCGGCAUUCCAGUUACCGCCACGCAUUUUGACGUGCAAGAGGAAAUGCUGUGGAUGGGAAACCAUAGAGGUCAUGUGACCUCCUUUUUUGGACCAACAAUGGGCCGCUACUCUUCUUUCCAAGUACAUUCAACAGAUGACAUUCGACAUAUUCAGAGUUUGGAAACGGGCGUGCUGUUUCUCUCUAAGUGCAAUCUGAAAUGCUUCACUCGCGGGGGUCUCGUCAUGUUUGACUAUCCGAUGGAUGAAGGUGCUGAUAUGCAUAGUCUCCUCAUGACUGACAACAAUACUUUACUCAUGGGUGGAUUACAAAACUAUGUGGUUGAGAUGGACUUAAAUACAGUUCAAGAAACACAAAAAUUCACUGUUGAGGUGCCUGGAGUUGCAAUCAUGCGUCAAACUAGUCGUUUCUUCUUCUGCGGCCACACUUCCGGCAAGGUGACCCUUCGGGACCUGCGCAGCUUCAAAAUGGAGCACGAGUUUGACGCCUUCUCCGGCAGCCUGUCGGACUUCGACGUUCACGGGAACCUUCUGGCCGCCUGCGGGUUUUCCAGCCGCGGACUCAACGGUUUGGCCUGUGACCGUUUCCUGAUGGUGUACGACCUCCGCAUGAUGCGAGCCGUCACGCCGCUGCAGGUGCACGUCGACCCCCUCUUCCUGCGUUUCAUUCCCACGUACACGUCGCGCCUGGCCAUCAUCUCGCAGACAGGUCAGUGUCAGUUCUGUGAGCCCACCGGACUCGCCAACGUGGCGGACAUCUUCCACGUCAACACAGUGGGGCAGCUGCUCAUGAGUUUCGACGUGUCGUCCAGCAAGCAAGCCCUGGCCUUUGGGGAUUCGGGGGGAUGCGUGCACCUGUGGUCCGACGCUCCGGAGGUGUCGUUUAACGACUACUCUCGGGAGACGGACUUCGCCCUGCCCUGCCUCGUGGACACGCUGCCCCAGCUGGACUGGAAUCACGACCUGCUGCCGCUGUCGCUCAUCCCCACGCCGCUGACCAGCACGGAGCCGCUGCUGUCGGACUGGCCCACCGCCCUGGUCACUCCCAGCCCCCGACGAGCUCCUCCUGUCGAUCCAGAAAUCCUGCGCACGAUGAAGACUGUUGGAUUCAUCGGCUAUGCCGCGAACCCUCGAACUCGUCCUCGAAACCAGGUUCCUUACAAGAUCAAAGAUGUAGAGCUUGAAUAUGAUAACUAUAAUCAGGUCCCUGAAUCGCCGAUUGGCCGUGAUGAAGAGCCACACCUCUACAUGGUCCCCAAGAAGUUCAGAAAGGUCACAAUUAAAUACUCCAAACUGGGACUGGAGGACUUUGACUUCAAGCACUACAACAGGACGCUGUUUGCUGGCCUGGAGCCUCACAUCCCCAACGCCUACUGCAACUGCAUGAUCCAGGUUUUGUAUUUCCUGGAGCCAAUCCGAUGCCUCGUGCAGAAUCAUUUGUGCCAGAAGGAGUUUUGUCUGGCGUGCGAGCUCGGCUUCCUCUUCCACAUGCUGGACCUGUCACGAGGAGAUCCCUGUCAGGCCAGUAACUUCCUUCGAGCGUUCCGCACCAUCCCCGAAGCCUCGGCGCUGGGCCUGAUCCUCGCAGACUCAGACGAGCAGACGGGGAAGGCCAGACUGGGCCGCUUAAUCCAAAGCUGGAACCGCUUCAUCCUGACUCAGCUGCACCAGGAGACGCAGGAGCAGGAGGGUCCGCAGGCCUACAGAGGAGCCAGCAGCAGCUCGCUGGGCUCCUCUGGCGAGUCGGCCAUCGGAAAGCUGUUUGGCUGUGAAGUUGAGAACAGCAGUUUGUGCCGCUGUGGAAAGGAAACGGUGCGCUCUUCCCUCACGUUGCUCUUCACCAUGCACUACCCGGAACAAAACUCCCAAGAAAAAACUGUGAAGGAGUACGACUUUGCUGAGAUCCUAAAGAAGAGCAUCUGCCUGGAGCAGAGCACUCAGGCCUGGUGUGAAAACUGUGAGAAAUAUCAGCCCACAGUGCAGACGCGAAACAUCAGGUGUUUACCAGACGUGCUGGUCAUCAACUGCGAGGUCAACAGUGCUAAAGAGGCUGAAUUCUGGAAAGUGCAGGCAGAGUACGCUUUUAGCAAGGCCAUGCAGAAAGAGGCAAUGGAGCCUACCAAACCGAAAGAACCGCCACCAUUGCCCAAUGAAUGGUGCCUGGAUGGGGAGGAGAUCUGCAGUAUGGAGGGCUUCACCUUUGACACCCGGGCAGAAGACCUGCGACACGUGUGGAUCCCACUCACAAUGAAGAUGUCCAUCAGCAAAAGUCAGGGACUGGAGAUCAGCAGCUGGCCCGAAGGAGAGGAGCUGAGUGCCUCUGAAGAGGCGGAGGGCGCCGCCCUCUAUGACCUCGUGGUCACCGUCCCUCACAUCCUGGACGCUCGCACGGGUGGAAACCUGGUGGCUCACAUCAAAGUGGGAGAGACCUACCAUCAGCGAAAAGAGGGAGUCACACACCAGCAGUGGUACCUCUUCAAUGACUUUUUAAUUGAACCUAUUGACAAGACUGAAGCCGCACAGUUUGACGUGAGCUGGAAAGUUCCCGCCAUCUUGUAUUACGCCAAGAGAAACUACCACUCCAAAUACGACCUGCGCAUUAAGAAUCCCAUCGACGCCAGCGUGCUGCUGACCGAGGCCUCGCUGGCUCGGAAGCAGAGGAAGAGUCACGCCACCUUCAUCCCCCUCAUGGUCAGCGAGAUGCCGCAAGCCGGUGACCUGGUGGGGCUGGAUGCCGAGUUCGUGACUCUCAAUCAGGAGGAGGCGGAGCUGCGCAGCGACGGCACCAAGUCGACCAUCAAGCCCAGCCAGAUGUCUGUGGCCAGGAUCACCUGCGUGAGGGGGCAAGGCCCCAACGAGGGCGUCCCCUUCAUCGACGACUACAUCUCCACUCAGGAGCAGGUGGUCGACUAUCUGACUCAAUAUUCCGGCAUCAAACCGGGAGACCUGGAUGCCAAAAUUUCCUCCAAGCAUCUGACCACCCUGAAGUCCACCUACCUGAAGCUGCGCUUCCUCAUCGACACGGGAGUUCGCUUCGUCGGUCACGGCCUACAGAAGGACUUCCGUGUCAUUAAUUUAUUGGUCCUGAAAGAUCAAGUCAUUGACACGGUCUACCUGUUUCAUCUCCCUCGCAAGAGGAUGAUCUCCCUCAGGUUUCUUGCCUGGUACUUUUUGGACCUCAACAUUCAGGGGGAAACCCACGACAGCAUCGAGGACGCGCGCACCGCCCUGCAGCUGUACAGGAAGUACCUGGAGCUGAGUCGAGGGGGCAGCAGCGACGAAGUCAGGAAGGUCCUGAAGGGACUCUACGAAAAAGGCCGCCAGCUGGACUGGAAAGUUCCCGACUCGGACGCCGGAGAUGGUCAAGGUAGCCCAAAAAGUUCUGCAGUGUUUCCCUCUGUGAUGGGGCUGUGAGCCUGGCCGGCUCUCCGCCCACCCAGCCUCACUUUUUAACUCUCAUUCACGUCGUGUGAAGUUUUAACGGAGGCCCGAAGUCGACUGCUCUUCAACGUUUCACUCUGGAAAUCUUUUUUGAAACUAGAAAAUGAGUGUCUUUUUUUUUUUUUUUUUAAGAUUUUUUUUUUAAGAAACUGAAGCAGCUGUUUGUGCACUUAAAUAAAUCACAACUGCUGUGAAAUAUGUUUGUGUUUCAAUGGAUAAACUGCCAAAUAUGUACAGGUAAUAAUUACUAUUUAGCUUCUUUUAAAAUCAAUUGUUUGUGCUCACUGACCCUCAUCCCAAACUUUGAAAUGAAA